AUGAUGAUAGGCCUUGGAAGGAAGGAGGAGGAGGAGUCAGCUUUACAUAUCUUUGCGACUUGUCCAGAAGCUAUGCGAGCUUACCAUGCGGUUGGCUUACCUAUUACAUAUGUGCCGGGUAAUGUAGUGCAUGAGUGGUUCUUUGGCUGUCUUUCUAUGUUACGUGCUGAUUUGAUUCCCAAAUUUAUAAUGGUAUGCUGGGGGAUUUGGUGUAGUAGGAACGCCUGUGUUUGGAGAGGGGCUGCUUUUGAUUUAAUGCUGAUGGUGCAUCAUGCUCUACUUUUCUUGGAUAACUGGUUGGCAGGUAAUGAGAGUACCAUCUUACCUGCUGUACCAUCACGCCAGGUUGAACGCUGGAACAAGUCGCAAGCUGGGCGGUUAAAAUUGAAUACAGACGCCGCUAUAAAUCAGACAAGUAACACCAUGGGCUAUGGCUGGGUUGUUAGGGAUGAUAAUCGUUUAUUCCUAGCAGCGAAGAGUAUGUCCGUGCCCGGGAUUUACGAUGUGAAAGUGGCUGAAGCUAUGAGUAUGCGGGAGGCGUUGAGUUGGUUCAAAAAUACGGGAAUGGGAGGGGUGGAUGUGGAAACAGAUUCGCAUGCAGCUCCUGUUUAA